AUGGAAACGCGCAGUACGCCUCUCGAAAAUCGACCGCGACUUCCCCGCAUAGCCCUAAGCAAGCGGAAUCGGGCUGUCGUGAGGGCUCUGAACCCAAUGCUGGUGACCUAUUUGGAAGCCAGCCGGGACCUUUGCGAGACGGACUCAAUUCUCUUUGGCGCCGCACUGGCAGUCUGCCGUAUUAUAGGCGCCAAACUUUCCACGGCUGGACGCACUACUGGACAAAGUAGUGCUAUCCCAGCCUGGAGAACAAGAAUUGAAGAACGUAUCGCAAAGGCUAGGGCCCUCAUCGGCAGACUGAUAUGCUUCAGGUCAGGCAAUACCAGGCCAAGGAUUGUGCGCACCGUCAGGAUGGCGUUUGCUGGGACAAAUGUUAGUUUGUCCCAGCCGGAUAUAAUGCAAAAACUGACGGAGCGCAUAGACGACCUGAAGCAGAGAAUCGCUGCUUGGGGAAAGCGAAUUCGGCGAUAUACCGAGAGGUCGACACGGUUCAACCAGAAUCGUCUCUUCCAGAGUGAUCAGAAGAGGCUCUAUAAAUCAUUGGAGCGACCAAUGGUAAGUGGAACGGGCCCAGUACCGAAUCAGGCCGACACGGUCGCAUUCUGGCGCAGCCUGUGGUCAGAGCCGGUAAACCACAACGAGGGCCCUUGGACGGAAGUUGUGGCGAGUCAGUGUGCGGGUAUUACGCCCAUGGACCCCGUCACCAUAACGCCGGAUGACGUAGCUGAGGCGGUCCGUAGGGCCCCGAACUGGAAAAGUCCGGGACUCGACGGGCUGCAUCACUACUGGCUGAAGGGGCGUAGGGAAGUGACGACCCCACCGCCCGCUGACGUAACAGUUAUGUGA